AUGCGCCAUUUCCAGGUUAGGCAAUGUCUUUGGCACCAUUUGGCGAGACAGAAAUGCUUUAGAUACCUUAGCUCUGGACCCCAAGGUGUGGAGGGCCGUCUACCUCACCAAAAGACUAUUUUUCAAGCUUGCGACGAUGUCGAUUCGAGUCAAACUCUCGCUAUUACAGACCCAUAUCUACUUUAUCAGAGCUAUAUAAGACUGGGUAUACUUUCCAAGGACGAAAAUCAAGUCCGGGUCAUGAAAGAAUUUCAAAAACUAUACCAUAGGGUCGUCAACUAUGUUCCAGCGCAAGAUUUACAGAUUAAAAUAAGUCUAGUUCUUCGGAAACUUGAGGUACGUUUAGCUAGAGAAAGGGAGGCCGAAAGGAAGCGUGGAAUAAACCACAUAGUACAUAAAUUGCUCACUAGAGGAGACACAAAAGCAAUAACUCAACAAGUUGUUCGGUUCCUCACUGACGAAGAAGAGCUUCAAAACUUUGAUUCACCGCACGGACUUUUGGUGAAUGGAGAAGUUGGAUGUGGAAAGUCGAUGUUGAUGGAUAUUUUUGCCACGUCGCUUCCCCAUGAAUCGAAAAUGCGUUGGCAUUAUAAUAAUUUUAUUCUCUGGAUCUACAGUGAGAUCCACAGAAUCCAACAGGAGAGAUUUUUGCGGUCUGAAAACGGCAUAGAAGGUGCUCAAACUAUGGAAAAUGAGUUUAUUCUUUUUGAAAUUGCACAAAAAAUGAUACAAAAAAGUACCGUCUUAAUGCUCGAUGAAUUCAUGCUUCCCGAUAUUGCUUCCGCAAAUAUUGUCAAAAUUCUUUUCACAUACUACUUCAAGCUCGGCGGUGUGCUUGUGGCAACCUCAAACAAACUCCCAGACGACUUAUAUUCAACCCAGUUUCAUAAAGACAGUUUCAGAACGUUUGUCCUGAUUUUGCAUUCACGCUGUCAUUCGGUAGACAUGAACUCAGCCAAAGAUUAUAGACACGAUUUUGCAUCUGCAUCUCAAGGUGAGCUGCACUUAGUAUUAAAGAGUUAUCCCGAAAGCGACAAAAUUUGGAACCGUCUCAUCAAGAAAUAUGCCUUGAAAAUCCCACCGUCAGAUCCUCGCAUGGCAGACGACGUUGGUCUUGAACAAUUGAAUCCCGAGAGAGUAUCUUUCAAAGUCUACAACAGAAAAAUAGACAUUCCCAUGACAUUUGGUUCCGUUUGCGUGCUUGACUAUAGUCAUAUAUGCCAAGGUUUGUUCUCCUCGUCAGACUAUAUUACCAUCGCAUCCAAGUUCCUGACUGUGGUGCUAGACGAUGUCCCAGUGAUGACCACGAAAAUGAAAAACGAAGCUAGACGAUUUAUUACUCUUCUUGAUGCACUUUACGAAGCAAAAUGCCAACUUUUUCUUCGCUGUGAAGUCGGCCUUGAAUCGCUUUUUUUUCCCGAUGCAUCGGGUGAAUCUGAAGCAGACAGGUUGAAGGUCCAGGAAGAAGAGAUGUUUGCUCGAACGGCUAUUGACCUAUCCAAUCCAUAUCGCCCUAAUGUACUGACUUAUGACCAGGAACAUACCGAGGAGUACAAGGAGGAAGAACAUCAUAAAUACGAUUUCAAAGAUGCCAAAGCGUUUACUGGAGAAGACGAGAAAUUCGCCUAUAAAAGAGCUGUACUGCGUAUUCACGAAAUGGUCAAUUCUGAUAACUGGAGGUAUGCUACUUGGGUUCCUAUCGACAAUUCUAUGCGGCCAUGGGAGCAGAAAACAGGUAAGGUCAACUUUUCUCCAGUGAGCUCGUUCUCCAAGGAUGCGCUCGAAAAGGAAUUGGAGAAGAGAACACCGAAAGAAAUCAUAGCAGAUGAUCUUCCUCGACAAGUCUCAAACGGCUAUGGUAUUCCAUUUAGACAAUUCAAUUCCAGAAUUGCACCAGUAUUCACCUCAGUUCAGCAUUUCUGGGGCUGGGGAAAGUCAGCCAGAAAUAUAAGAGACGAAAUUGCAAAGCGGUGGGUGGGGCGUAAAUCUUAG